AUGACGCUGACACCAGUCAUCAAGCAGAAUCUCGUUCAGAUGAUAAGGACGCCGAAGGUGAGAGACGCGACAGUCAAGGCCGCCGUGGACGAACUUCUGCUAACUGUCUCCAAGAACUGCACCAGCGAGAGGGACCUGAAGAUGACCUUUGUGGCUAAUGCCUUGCG